AUGGAAGAUCAAAAGAAAACGCUUGAAGAGAAAAACCAAGAAAUCUUAAUGAUGGUAAACAGCCAUAAAGAAGAACAAGAAGCUAAAAGAUUGAGGAUCUCUAAAGCCAAAGAAAAAAAAUUAGAAGAGUAUUUAAUGCGAAUUCAUGAGAAAAGAGCCAAAAUCGAAAAAAUGAAAGAGCUGGAAAAGAAAAGAGAAGAAAACAUUUGGAAGAGAGAAAAAGAAAGAACAAGAGAAGAGCACGAAAGAUGGAAAGAGCUUAAAAGAUAA